UGCAGUUCUAAGGAGGGAGGAGACAAGGAGGAGUCAGCAGAGAGGUUAUAAAACACAUAAACCGUUGCUCUUUCGCCACCUUCCACGCACUCACUAUCAGGCUACCCCCUCCCUUGACUGUCCUCUGCGGCUUGUGAAGCAGUGGGUCAAACAACGACGCUAACACUGGAGCUGUAAAAUUAACAACGGGGGCUCCCGUUUAAAGCGCAGCAGCAAGUUGACCAGCCAGCGCAGUGUGAUCUCUUGCUACUCCCUCUGAAACGACUUUCUGUUUCGGAGAAGUGCAAAUUGAUAUCCCAAAAACCACUGCCGCCGCCGCACACCCACCAAAACAUCAUCCCAAAUCAAAGCAAAAUGGUGCAAAAUAAGAUCACCGAGGUCACUGGAUUCCACCGCUCUUUCAGGGGCCAAAAUCCCUUUGAAUCUGAUGACUUCACUAAAAAUGGAUCCCAUCUCAUUGAUUCGUCAUUUAAUUUUGAUUCCUCCCCAAGACAUGACAUACCUUCCAGCCAGCCUAUCGACAUCCCAGAUGCCAAGAAGAGAAACAAGAAGAAAAAGCGUUGCCGGGCAACUGACAGUUUCUCUGGACGAUUCGAGGAUGUCUACGGACUGCAGGAAGAGGUACUAGGAGAGGGCGCUUAUGCCAGAGUGCAAACAUGCAUCAACCUCAUCACCAAUAAAGAGUAUGCUGUCAAGAUCAUUGAGAAAAGACCGGGUCACAGCCGCAGCCGUGUCUUCCGUGAGGUUGAGAUGCUCUAUCAAUGCCAGGGCCACAGUAACAUCCUGGAGCUGGUGGAGUUCUUUGAAGAGGAAGACAAAUUCUACCUGGUGUUUGAAAAGCUGAGAGGAGGGUCUAUCUUGGCACAAAUUCACAAGAGAAGGCACUUCAGUGAGCAGGAAGCCAGUGUUGUCGUGCAGGACAUCGCCAGCGCUCUAAAUUUCCUGCAUAACAAGGGAAUGGCACAUAGAGACCUGAAACCUGAAAACAUUCUCUGUAAGAGUGCAGACAAGAUUUCCCCGGUCAAGAUCUGUGACUUUGACUUGGGCAGUGGGAUCAAGCUAAACAGCGACAGCUCACCUAUUUCCACUCCUGAGCUCCUCACUCCUUGUGGCUCAGCAGAGUACAUGGCACCUGAGGUGGUUGAGGCCUUCAGUGAGGAAGCCACAAUUUAUGACAAGCGCUGUGACCUGUGGAGCCUUGGAGUCAUCCUCUACAUCAUGCUGAGCGGCUACCCACCUUUCGUAGGCCGAUGUGGAGGUGACUGUGGCUGGGAAUUAGGGGAACCCUGCCACACCUGCCAGAACACUUUGUUUGAGAGUAUCCAGGAAGGAAAAUAUGCGUUUCCAGAGAAAGACUGGGCUCACAUCUCCUUAAGUGCCAAAGACCUAAUAUCCAAACUUCUGGUUCGGGAUGCCAAAAACCGCCUGAGUGCCAGCCAGGUGCUGCAGCACCCCUGGGUGCAGGGGGGUGCAUCUGACACUUUGCCAACAUCCAUCCUGCAUCAAAGAACCAGCAAUGCCAGGGAUCUGACAUUCUUUGCUGACAAGGCCAUGGCUGUCAAUCGGCAGCUGGCCGAACAGGAUGGCAUGGAAGACCAGCAGCAGCAGGAAGUCCCAUUUGUUGUUACCGCUACUGGCGCUUCUAUGCGCCUCUCUCCUCCUUCCAACUCCAAGCUGGCCAGGCGCAGGCAGCAAAACAGCCAGCUCAAGGGAGGGCCCGUCUCUGCUGCAGAGCUUUGUCAGCUCUUGGCUCCUCUCGUUAUUGUAGGAGACUGUGCCUGAACUUUCUCAACCCUGACCUCCGACCUUCCGUUUAGAUUUAAGUCCAGAUCUACUCUGAGGCUCUUUCUUCACCAUUCUGGCCCCUCUCUCUGGCUGUAGCUGGCCUUGGUUCCUCUGCCAUUCAGGUGUUCUUGCCUCGCUGUAAAAGGAGAUGCUGCUUGCAGCCCUUCCUCUAAAUGCCUUCUGCCCUUCUGCAGCACUUCUGAAGCACAUCAGCCCAGGGCCUGCAAAUGGCAAACACAUGUGCAUGUACACGUCGGGGAGAAGGUCCAGUUAAUGAUUUGGGAGAGAGAGAAGUAUUUUCUUAUGUUUUUUUUUCUUCUCCUUUUUCAUAAAACUCAGUUCAGAAGAAAGCAGAACACUUAUCGAAAUUAAGCUCAGACACCAAAGGACAACCUGUUGUGCUGCUCCCACGUUACAACUGGAUCCACUGUGAAUUAAGUUAUCUGGAAUGUUCUCUUUGCCUGUAUGUAUAUGCAUGAAUGGCCCAUCUGCAGAUACGUACAAGCUUAUGCAAUAUGCCAAGAUGAAGGCUGUUCCUGUCUCGAAGGGAUUCAGCAUAAGGGGUUGGAAGGGCUGUAAGCCAAUGCUGUCCGUGCCUGGUGCGGUUCAUUAAGAUCGCUGGGGACUUCAAAGAUUCUCUUUGUCUCUAUUUAAGAUAAAUUUCUCAACACUGAGCCUCCUCUGUCAAUGUCUGAGAUUAAACACGCACUCAUCUA